GGUUUCUCAGGUCCGCACGAGUAGCCAUUUGCUACUAGCCUUUUAACAUAAACCUUCGCCGCCUUUUUUCCGUUUAGACUGGUUUUGAAGCAUAGGGUUUGUAGUUUGUCCGCAAUUGGGACUCCAAUAAACCCUUGAAUUUGAGGGCUUAAAGUUUCCUUUGUACCAUAACAUCUUAGAGUUUGUUCAUAAUCCAUCAAUGGGAUCGGUGAAGAGGAAGUCGUUAGAAGAAGGUCCUUCAGCUUCUACACCUCCGCCGCACAAACAACAGAAAGACAACAAGAACAAUGAUAACAGAUUAAUGGGAACAAACAAUGAGGCGGAGGCCGGGGUGGCGUGUGUUCAUGAUUGUUCAUACCCGGAGAACUACGUUGCUGUUCCUCGGCGGUCAAAUACCGAGGAAGACUCAAAGCCCGCUAAGGAAUUUCCUUUUACACUCGACCCUUUUCAGGCGGAGGCAAUUAAUUGUCUGAAUGCAGGAGAAUCCGUUAUGGUAUCAGCACAUACAUCAGCAGGGAAAACUGUUGUGGCAUCAUAUGCUAUUGCAAUGUCACUGAAGAAUAAGCAACGAGUAAUAUACACUUCUCCUAUAAAGGCACUGAGUAACCAAAAGUACAGAGAGUUCAAAGAAGAGUUUUCUGAUGUGGGGUUGAUGACUGGAGAUGUUACUAUUGAACCCAAUGCUUCUUGCUUGGUAAUGACCACAGAAAUCUGGCGUAGUAUGCAGUACAAAGGAUCAGAACUCACAAGGGAGGUGGCAUGGAUCAUUUUUGAUGAGGUACACUAUAUGCGUGAUAGAGAAAGAGGGGUAGUUUGGGAAGAGAGCAUUGUUAUGGCUCCCAAAAAUGCUCGUUUUGUGUUCCUUUCCGCUACAGUUCCAAAUGCUAAGGAAUUUGCUGAUUGGGUUGCAAAGGUUCAUCAGCAACCAUGUCAUAUUGUUUAUACGGAUUAUAGGCCAACACCUCUUCAACAUUACCUUUUUCCUACUGGUGGUGAUGGGUUGUAUUUGGUGGUGGAUGAAAAGGGAAAAUUUCGUGAAGAUAGUUUCCAAAAAGCUUUAAAUGCUCUUGUUCCUGCCAAUGAUGGUGACAAGAAGAAAGAUUAUGGGAAGAAGCAGAAAGGGCUGGUUAAUGGUAGAGGUGGUGAAGAUAGUGAUAUAUUUAAAAUGGUGAAGAUGAUUAUUCAACGCCAAUAUGAUCCUGUUAUAAUCUUUAGUUUCAGCAAAAGGGAAUGUGAAUUUCUUGCAAUGCAGAUGGCGAAAAUGGACUUGAAUGAGGAUGAUGAGAAAGUGAACAUUGAAACCAUCUUUUGGAGUGCUAUGGACAUGCUUUCAGAUGAUGACAAAAAGCUACCCCAGGUGUCAAAUAUGCUUCCCCUCUUGAAGCGUGGGAUUGGUGUGCAUCAUUCUGGCUUACUCCCCAUACUGAAGGAAGUCAUUGAAAUACUAUUCCAAGAAGGUCUAAUUAAGUGUUUGUUUGCCACAGAGACAUUCAGCAUAGGUCUGAACAUGCCUGCAAAAACAGUUGUCUUCUCAAAUGUCCGGAAGUUUGAUGGAGAUAAAUUCAGAUGGCUAUCAAGUGGUGAAUACAUACAGAUGAGUGGUCGUGCAGGGCGUAGAGGAAUAGAUGAUCGUGGUGUCUGCAUUCUUAUGCUUGAUGAAAAACUCGAACCUUCAACUGCUAAAAUGAUGGUCAAAGGAAGUGCUGAUUGUUUAAACAGUGCUUUUCAUUUAAGCUACAAUAUGCUUUUGAAUCAACUGAGAUGUGAAGAUGGUAAUCCAGAAAAUUUGCUUAGGAAUUCAUUCUAUCAGUUCCAAGCUGACCGAGCCAUCCCUGAUCUUGAGAGACAAAUGAAGCUUUUACAGGAGGAAAGGGACUCGAUUCACAUUGAAGAGGAGGAUAGCUUGGAAAAUUAUUACUCUCUGCUACAGCAAUAUAGAAGCUUAAAGAAUGAUGUUCGUGAUAUUGUCUUUUCUCCUAGAUAUUGUUUGCCAUUUUUGCAGCCUGGCAGGCUUGUUUGUGUUCGUUGUGGAAAUAAUGACGAAAAUGCCCUUCCUUUGUCAACCGAGGAUAACGUAACAUGGGGUGUAAUUGUUAACUUUCAAAGGUUGAAGGGUCUUUCAGAAGAUGAUGCAAAUAAAAGCCCAGAAGAUGCCAACUAUUCAGUUGAUAUUCUUACUAGAUGUGCAGUUUCUAAGGAUGAACUUUCAAAGAAAACAAUCAAGAUUGUUCCAUUAAAAUCGCCUGGGGAACCUGUUGUUGUUUCUGUUCUUGUUUCUCAGAUAGAUAACUUGAGUAGUGUUCGUCUUAUAAUCGCAAAGGAUCUUUUGCCAUUAGAAAAUCGGGAAAACACCUUGAAAAAGGUAUCUGAAGUUCUCUCCAGAUUUUCCAAACAAGGAAUGCCACUCUUGGACCCUGAAGAAGACAUGAAGGUCCAAAGUGGGUCGUAUAGGAAGGCUGUUCGUAGGAUUGAGGCAUUAGAAAACCUGUUUGAUAAACAUGAAGUUUCAAAGUCUCCACUUAUUGAGCAAAAACUCAAAGUGUUGCACAAAAAGAAAGAAAUUACUGCUCAAAUUAAAACAAUCAAGAAGUCAAUGCGUUCUUCAUCUGCACUUGCCUUCAAAGAUGAGCUCAAAGCAAGGAAAAGGGUUCUUCGGAGACUCGGAUAUGUGACUAGGGAGGAUGUUGUGGAGUUGAAGGGGAAAGUUGCUUGUGAGAUAAGCAGUGCUGAUGAACUGGUGUUAACAGAGCUCAUGUUCAAUGGGGUUUUCAAAGACAUAAAGAUAGAGGAAAUGGUGUCUCUUUUAUCAUGUUUUGUGUGGCAAGAGAAGCUUCAGGAUGCUCAAAAGCCCAGGGAAGAACUGGACAUGCUUUUCACACAAUUGCAGGAUACUGCAAGGAGAGUUGCAAAAGUGCAGCUAGAGUGCAAGGUUGAAAUUGAUGUGGAGAGUUUUGUAAAUUCAUUCCGGCCUGAUAUCAUGGAGGCUGUUUAUUCAUGGGCAAGAGGGUCAAAAUUCUACGAGAUCAUGGAAAUCACACAGGUGUUUGAAGGGAGUUUGAUCAGAGGGAUCAGGAGACUGGAAGAAAUACUUCAGCAGUUGAUACUUGCAGCAAAAUCCAUUGGUGAAGUUGAACUUGAAGCCAAGUUUGAGGAUGCAGUUUCACAGAUCAAGAGGGAUAUUGUGUUUGCAGCUUCUCUAUACUUGUAGUAAACAAACAUAUGGAUUGGAUUGGAUUGGGCUAAAAUUGUCACAGAAUUUGAUGGCAUUCUUUUUCUUGUAAGGCAAUAUUUUUUUCAAGUAAAUGAGCCCCCAUACCAUAUACAAUACCUAGACUGUAAUGACACAGACAUUCUCU